CCAGAGCAAAGAUGCGGACAAAAGCCGCACUUUAAGCUCCGCUGCAAAUACUAAAUAUUUCAGCAAGAACAGAGGAAGGAAGAGUCGGCAAACGAGCUGUGCUUUUUGCACAUUUUGUAGGCGCCAUGCAGUUUUUAAGCGGCGUUCUGUUUCUUCUGGCAGCUGGUUUGUUCAGCGCAGAUCUCAGCAGUGCAGAGGGGUGUUCAGGAUCAUCAUGUGGGAAGUGUGACUGCAGUGGUGUAAAAGGGGCAAAGGGUGAAAGAGGCUUUCCUGGUUUACAAGGCACCAUGGGAUUUCCUGGUAUUCAAGGCCAUGAGGGACCCCCAGGGCCAGCAGGACCAAAGGGAGAUCUAGGAGACCCAGGGUUUCAUGGAAUGAAAGGUGCACGUGGCCCUCCGGGCGUACCCGGUAUUCCAGGAAUCCCUGGACAGCCAGGCAUCCCAGGUCAGGAUGGCCCACAGGGACCAGCUGGUAUCCCAGGCUGCAAUGGAACUAAGGGCGAGCAUGGUAGAGAUGGAAUCCCAGGUAUAUCAGGAGUGCUGGGACUACAAGGUCCUCCAGGUCUUCCAGGAAUGAAGGGUGAUCCAGGAGGUAUUGUUGGCUUUAUUCCACAAAAAGGUGAUAGAGGCCUUCCAGGAACACCAGGACAGAAAGGAUCACCAGGAAUCCCUGGAGAACGAGGAUCUUUUGGGCCACCUGGACAACUAGGGCAAAAAGGAAAUACUGGUGACCCUGGUCCUCCUGGCCCACUUUCUGAAAUUUCAUUCAGCGGUGAGAAGGGAGAUAAGGGUGCUCGAGGCACCCAAGGCCCACCAGGACCUCCUUGGAUCCCCUCAGAGCAUACAAAAGAUGAGACGUAUUACCUAAAGGGGGAAAGAGGACCCAGAGGAGAUAAAGGAGAAAGGUGUUCAGAAUUUCAGGCAGGUAUGAAAGGUGAACAAGGACCUCCAGGGCCGAGAGGAAAACCAGGAAAGGAUGGAGAGGAUGGAGUUAAGGGGGGAAAGGGUGAUGCUGGAAUUCCAGGGUUUGAAGGUUAUCAAGGGGAAAAGGGAGAAAGAGGACCUCCAGGAUAUUUUGAAGGUCCACCUGGCCCCCCUGGGCCUCCAGGGACUCCUGGAACACAGGGAGUGAAAGGUCUACCUGGGCCUUCUGGAGAUCCUGGUGCCCCAGGCAGGAACAUUCCAGGUCGUACUGGAGAUAGAGGAUUUCCUGGAGAGAUUGGUCAGAAGGGAGACAAAGGAGCUGCUGGAGAAUCUCUCCAAGGACCAAAAGGAGCUGAUGGACUUCCUGGUUCUCCUGGACCUCCAGGACCAAUACCUGAUAACUGCGAUGGUGUGAGUGGACCAGAAGGACCUCCUGGAUCUCCUGGGUUGCAGGGAGAAGUGGGACAGAAAGGUGACAAAGGUGACACGUGUACAGCAUGCAUUUCAGCUACAGUUCCUGGAUCUACAGGACCCAAAGGAGAACAAGGUUAUCCUGGACGAGCAGGCCCUCAAGGUGAAAAGGGUCAGCCUGGCCAUGCUGGAGAGCCAGGAAGAGAUGGUCUAGAUGGUUCCCCAGGUUUGAUGGGUGCCCCAGGGGCACAAGGUGAGCCUGGCGAUAUCUAUAUAGCACCAGGACUGAAAGGAGAGAAGGGCUUACCUGGGCUUGCUGGCAGUAAAGGUUUGGGAGGUAAAGACGGAGUUCCUGGUAGAGAUGGAUAUCCAGGCGCACCUGGACCCAAAGGAGAACCGGCUAGAGAAGGUGUAAAAGGAGAUCGGGGUCAGGAUGGAGAUCCAGGUGCCAUUGGGCCCCCUGGUGAGAGAGGACCCCCAGGUUUUCCAGGUACUGGUCGCAAAGGAGAGCCUGGGGAGAAAGGCAGUCAAGGACAUCCUGGUCAGCCAGGUUCUCCAGGAUUAUCAGGAGCUAAAGGUCUACCUGGAACAAGUGUGGGUUCACAAGGACCUUCAGGCCCACCAGGACUUAGAGGAGAGAGUGGAACACCUGGACCUCAAGGUGAAAGGGGUCCUGCUGGAGAUCAAGGUUUGCGAGGAUCACAUGGGCAAAAGGGUGAUCCUGGCCUUCCAGGAAUUGGACUUCCUGGUCAACCUGGACCAAAAGGUUACUCUGGUAUACCAGGAGCACCUGGACUCCCUGGAGAUGCUGGUAAUUCAGGCCAGGAAGGUUUUCCUGGACAUCCAGGGACACCAGGACAAAAGGGUGAACCAGGCAUCGGCCUGCGAGGACCCAAGGGCUCCAUAGGACAGCCAGGACUGCAGGGGUUUCCAGGCGAGAGGGGCAACGUAGGAAUGCCAGGAAUCCCUGGUAAAGAGGGACGAACUGGGCAACCUGGACCUCAAGGUGUAAAAGGUGACUCAGGACCUCCUGGACUUCAAGGUUAUGCAGGGCCACCUGGACCCCCAGGACCUGGUCAGCCUGGUGCCCCCGGACCAAUGGGACCCACUGGAGAUCCUGGUCCUUUUGGUUUACCUGGUGAAAAAGGAGAGAAGGGUCCUGCAGGUGUUCCAGGUCCAGCAAUGCCAGGUCCUCAGGGUGAAAAAGGCAUUCCUGGGUUUCCUGGGUCACCAGGGCCCAAGGGUUUCCCAGGGCAACCAGGACAACCUGGAGAAGAUGGACGUCCUGGGGUGAGAGGACACAAGGGAGAUAUGGGAGUGAUUGGAGUUCCUGGGUCACCUGGAUUCCAAGGUUCUCAAGGACCCCCUGGAACCAGUGGGCCAAGAGGUGACCCUGGUUUGCUUGGGUUUAAAGGAGAUUCUGGUAAACAGGGGCCCAAAGGUGAAAGAGGAGAACAGGGUCUUCAAGGCCCACCUGGUAAUAUGACUGAAGUGGACAUGGAACAUAUGAAAGGAGAGAAAGGAGAUAGUGGAAACAGAGGUGAGGCUGGCCUUACAGGAGAGAGGGGGACUGCUGGACUCCCUGGAGAUACUGGAAUGCCAGGAAAAUCUGGAAUGCCGGGUUCUCCAGGCAAACCAGGUGAAAAGGGUGACCCAGGAGUUACUGGAGAUCCAGGACCAUAUGGACCAUCUGGAACAAAAGGCAGCAUAGGAGAAAUGGGACUUCCAGGGGAUCCUGGACUAAAAGGCUCUAAAGGUAUUGGUGGCUCACCUGGUCAUUCCGGGAUUAAGGGUGAAGAAGGAGUAAAAGGCGAAAAGGGAGCGUCGGGUGCUGCAGGAAUAGGAAUUCCUGGUGUACCUGGAGCUAAGGGUGAAUUGGGACCACCUGGUUUACCUGGAGAUCUUGGAGUAAAAGGACAGAAAGGUUCCAUGGGAGUCCCAGGAGCCCCUGGGACACCAGGUGUGAAAGGAGACCUUGGCCCAAUUGGAAAUCAAGGUAGCCCUGGGGUUCCGGGAGAGAAAGGUGUCAGUGGUUAUCCUGGGUCACAAGGACAGCCAGGUCUUCAAGGACGACCAGGUGAACCUGGUCUACAGGGUGCCCCAGGACAACAAGGAGAAAAAGGACAACCAGGUGUAGAUGGUAUUCCAGGAUCCUCUGGAGAGAGGGGUGACCCAGGUAUAGCAGGUGUAGGUCUUCCUGGACCAACUGGGCAUGCAGGAUCUAAAGGUGAAAAAGGUAAGGCGAGUCCCCCUGGCAUGCCUGGAAGCCCAGGUGUUCCUGGAACCAAAGGAGAUAAAGGCUUGCCAGGCUUCCAGGGCAGUCAAGGUCAACCUGGAGAAAGAGGACUACCAGGGUCAUCCAUGGAGGGUCCUAAAGGAGACAAUGGAGCUCAAGGAGCGCCAGGAGAGACAGGGCAGAUUGGUGCUCCUGGUGCACCAGGGAGUCCAGGAGGUUCAGGAGCCAAAGGACAGACGGGUGACAAAGGUUUUUCAGGCCCACAGGGUACUCAGGGUUUUAAAGGCGAUAAGGGUUUCACUGGACCUUAUGGUGAGCCCGGCUUACCAGGUUAUGACGGAUUAAAGGGUGAGAUGGGACCUCAGGGUGUUCAAGGCUUCAAGGGAAUAAAUGGUGAAUCUGGAUCAAGUGGUUUCAAGGGUGAGUCUGGUGACAGAGGAUUCCCUGGCGCUAAAGGUAAUGAUGGCCCCCCUGGACCUCCCGGACCCCAAGUAUUCAUAAAAGGAGACAUUGGUUUUCCAGGCCCACAAGGUCCCAAAGGUUUACCUGGCACACACGGUUUUCCUGGACCUAAAGGAUUUCAAGGAAUGACGGGCAUACAGGGUAUUAAAGGAGAGGAUGGAGUACCUGGGUACAAUGGCAAUCCUGGGGCUAAGGGAGAACCUGGUCUUACUGGACCCUCAGGACCAAGAGGUUACUCAGGCCCCCCAGGUCCUGAUGGUGUCCCAGGUCAAGUUGGUCCUCCUGGCCCUGCCUCCAUGGACCACGGCUUUCUCGUAACACGGCACAGUCAGUCCACAGAUGUGCCACAAUGUCCAGGAGGCACCACACUAAUCUAUGAUGGCUACUCCCUCCUCUAUGUUCAAGGCAAUGAGAGAUCCCACGGACAAGAUCUUGGUACGGCUGGUAGCUGCCUGAGGAAGUUUAGUACCAUGCCGUUUCUCUUCUGCAACAUCAACAAUGUGUGUAACUUUGCCUCUCGUAACGAUUACUCCUACUGGCUUACAUCUCCUGAGCCCAUGCCUAUGAGUAUGGCAACCAUUACUGGCGAGAACAUUAAACCCUUCAUUAGCAGAUGUGCAGUGUGUGAGGCUCCAGCCAUGGUGAUUGCUGUGCACAGUCAGACUGUUGCAGUUCCAUCCUGCCCUCAGGGUUGGGCAUCCCUGUGGAUUGGAUAUUCCUUUGUCAUGUACACCAGUGCUGGGGCUGAGGGGGCGGGUCAGGCUCUGGCCUCCCCUGGAUCCUGUCUGGAGGAGUUCCGCUCUGCUCCCUUCAUCGAGUGUCAUGGCCGCGGCACCUGUAACUACUAUGCCAACUCCUAUAGCUUCUGGUUGGCCACUAUUGAUGAUGAACAAAUGUUUCGCAAACCUGAACCUGCUACUCUAAAGGCCGGCAGUCUGCGCACCCAAAUCAGCAGGUGCCAAGUAUGUAUGAAGAGGACUUAAAAAACAAUCACAAUCCUUUGUCUGUAUUUGGUUUUAACGUUCCAGUUUUACAAAAACACAGCAUGGUGCUAUGUCAGAGACAGAGGAGAUGGACUUUAAGAAGUGUUCAAUUAGACUUACGAAUGCUGAAUAAAACAAACAGGCAGGUCUCAGAUUUCACUAUCUACCACGAGGAGACCCUAAGACCUGCUGGUGCUUUUGCUUUCUAUAGAACACUACACUAACAUCUUCAUUGUCUUUCUUAAAUAAAUGACUCCUGUUUGCAAUUGCACUGAAUACAUCUACUAGUAAACAGGCUGUUAUUUUACAUGCUUCAGAAAUCAGGUUCUAAUAAAUAUAACUGUUAUGUUUGCUUUAUUGAUCAAUUUGUUCAUUCUACUUAACAACACACAUUAUGUAAGUAUCAUGUUUAUCUCUUUUUUUCACGCAGUUUGUCACAUCAUAAUUGGUUUAUUUUCUAGUACUAAACCUUAAGUUAUGUUUUUAGCAUCCCCUGUAUGUGGUACAGCAGCCAGGGUGUAGUGUAAGCUCUUUUGUAAAUACACAUCUGUUGUAUUAACAUCAUGUUAUCAUAAUCUAUUCAGGUAAUGCAUUUAUUGUCGUCGUAUUUCGUUAUUUAUGGAGGCUUUAAGACAAGACUCUAAAGAGACCAACGGCACAUUUUGCAUUUGAACAUCUUCAGUAUGUCGACCAAGUCAUGACAUCAUUGGAUAUGGCACAUUAUUUGAAAUUGUAGUAUUUAGCACUGUAUGCUUUUAUAGACGUAAAUCUGUGUGCAGCUUUCUGGAAUGUUAUUGUUAUUUCUAUUCAAGGGGAAAGCAGUCUAACAAAGUGGAUUAUCUGUGCUUAAUGAUCACUUAUUGAAAACCAUUUGCUAUUUGCCACAGUAAAUAUUGAACACACGCACCCAUGUCUAUGAAGGUUGGGGAGUAACAAGAUAAGUGACAAUUGCAAGUAUUUAAAAUGCAUACAGAGAAUAAAAAUGCAGUAGUUUGUCCAAAAUACUUUUAGACAAAAGCCAAAUAAAGUUAUCAAGCUUUAGGAUAAUAAAUUUUAACUACUGUGCUGCUUAAUACAAAUUCUAAACAAUGUAGUUUAAUAGCACAUCCAGACUUCGAGCCUCAUAAGUCACAGUUUAGGUUUCAUGUGCUAUAAAAAAUUCUAUUGUAAUUUGAUUUUACAUUUAAAGUAAGCAUUAGCACUUAUUUUGGUGGCCAAUUCAUUCACCAUCAAACUAAGGCAUGAAGUGAGGAUUUUGUUGUAAAACAUAUAUGUGUUAAAAGAAUGGUUGUUUUCCAUACAUUGCUCCAAAAAUUGUUGCAAGGUGCAUUUGCCGCCUUCUGAGCUACUUCUGGGACUCAUAAAAAUAGACUGGUUUGGAGUGUUCAUUGGGUUUUUUAAAAAUUAAAGUAAAUAAUCAAAUAAUACCUAAAAAGUCUAACUUGAAGCUGCCAAAAGUACCUAAAAUCAUUGUGUAUAUUUUAAAUAACUGAUGCACAAUUACAAUCACUGAUCUAAAAAAAAAAACUGGUUCCAUGCAUACAGUAACAGCCUGUUUGGUGUCUUUAGUUUCCUGUUCUUGGAAUCUUAGACCCAAUCCACACUAUCAUUUCAUGUGUCAUUAUGGUACCCUGAUGAGGUUUUAACCACUUGCAUAAACCAUUAGAUCAAGUUACCUAGAUUAAAAUGGAAUUGUAUGAUGGAUCACAUGCUCAGUUUAUGCUCAUAUUCAGCUUAUGAUGUUCCUUGUGUUCAUUGUUUCAGUUUGAUGCAAAAGAGGUAGGACAUUAAAACAGCAUUUAGUGUUCUAUAGGCAACAUUACAACUGCAGUCAUAAGCCACACGAUAUAUCACUCCAUGUAAUUAGCAGGGCUUUGGUUGUCUGGAGAGACAAAUAUAUUUACAUGUGUUUCAGCCAUUACAACGCUCUAAAUUAGUUUGAGGGACUAUAAUUAAAUGUUUUAUAUGCAUCUUGGGCGUAUUUCCACUGUGUUUUUAUGUGAGUAAUCCAUAUCCAAAUACAAUGAUGAUCGUCACCAUAGGUGCCUGGUAAUUAAGUACUAGACCAAAGAUUAUGCUUAUGUGCACAUACUAUUUUACACUGAUAUACUUGACAUUACAAGCUUUAAAUUUGUAGGAACCCAUUGUACAUAAACUUUUUGUGAAAAAAAAAAAGAGGUAAAAGUAAAUAGGCAUAUUUAUGUAUCUUAUAUUGCCUUGAAUGAAUUUAGGGUUUAGAAACGUGAAUAUUUCUUAGGACCCUCUGGUCUCUUCGAAGGAUCUACUCCAGUGCACCCAUUCCCUGCUUUGUGUUGGUUAGGCUUACAUUACAUCAGAUGAGUGUAUUUUCUCAUGUAACAUUACUGACUUUACAUGAUGUUGACUCUCCAGUAAAUGUUGCAGUUCCAAUUGCAAUAUGAAAAGCAUUUGUUUAGCAGUUGAAUUCAUGGAAUAGUACAAAGCUGGAUGGAAUUGUUAAGCAUAAUGUUUCUUUUUGGUUUGUCUGCUUUGUGCCCCCACCCAUCUGUAUUGAAGUCAAUUAAUAAAAGUAUUUCUACUUUUACUGUG